AUGGAUACUCAACCGAGACCAACAGAACCUGUUCAAACCUAUACUAAGCCACCGUUUACACGUAGUAUUUCAAUGAGUAAAUAUGAGACAAGCACUUCUUCAACUACUAAUCAUUCACCAGGAACACCAAAAACGACACUAUCAUCAACUAAAUCCGGCUGGUCAUGGAUGUCAUUCGGUGGAAAUCACCAGGCAAAACAAACAGUUAGUCCACCUAAUUCACCAUCAUCCAGUUUGGAUCUCAGCCAUAUAACAUCAAGAUUGAUGGUCAUGAAAACACCUCAAGAAACGCCAUCGAAUACAUCAUCUCGAUCAACAGCUGAUUUAGCACGUGAAUUGCUGGAUAAAGAUCAUCCGGAUUCGUAUAUGUUAUUUUCUCUUGAUCAGUCUUCGACCAAUGAGCUACCUUACCAGAAGGAGUUUUUCCAUAAUCAAGUUCUCGAUUUUCCAUUGUUUGAUGAAAAGCAACAACAACCACCAACUUUACUUAUUAAUUUAUGGUUUUGUCAAAAAGUUACAUCUUAUCUCUUGGAAUCUCCAUCACAUGUCGCUGUACUUCAUUGUCAUGAUGGAAAAAAUCAAUUAGCAUUCGCCGCAUGUCUACUACUUGCUUAUCAUAAAUUAUAUCGAAAAUGUGAACAAAUCAUUCAGUUCUAUACAUACUAUCGUUCAAUUCCACCAACGUUCACCAUGUCACAAAAAAGAUAUAUUCAAUAUCUUUGUGACUUAUCACAUGGAACAAUCGAAAGUCCACAUUUCAAUGAAUUAGUUCUUCAUUCGAUCAACUUGACACCGAUUCCACUUGUCAAUCGAGCAAAAACGUCUUGCCGUCCAUUCGUUGAUAUUUACAAUCAAGAACAGAAGAAAAUCUUUUCCACGCACCAAGAAACAUCGAAACUUCGAGUUUAUACGUCAUCGGAAUCAAUUUGUACCAUUCCAGUUGAUCUUCACUUUAGUGGUGAUUUAACAAUUCAUAUAACACAUGCAUGUUUGAAUAAUUCUCGUCGAACUCAUGAAGGCGGAGUUCGUAUUUGUGAAUUAACGAUCAAUUCGAAUUUCAGUACAUUUAACGAUCCGGAAUUAUCUUAUUUACGAAGUGAAUUGGAUGAAGUUGAUCCAAAUGAAAAAAAUCCGAUCAAUUAUCGGGUCUCACUUCAUAUUACAAAUCAUCAAAAGGUCACUGAUAAUCAACAGGAUCCAUUUUUGAAACAGUUGGAAAGUACAUUGGAACAUCCGUUGGCUUUAUUUCGCGAUGAAAAUGAAAUGAAACAAAAAAUGACCGACAUAGAAAAAAAAGAAAAUUUGGAAGCAAACCAUCCACCAGUUGUUCAUCGACCACCAAAACAUAAUGAACCAAUAUCUCCUGGUGCGACUAAUUCCUCUUUACGACCAGGUAACCGAAUUUCUGGUCCACAAUCUCCCACACCAACUUCUCCAUCCUCGUCAUUCGUUAAUCCAAUGAUGGGACAUAUGAAAGUGAGCCAACGUCAAUCUACAAUUCAAUCUUCAUCAGCUCAAGAAAAAGUCACAGAUCCCAACGUUGAUAUUCUCGGUCUUGGUGAAGAAAUUACCUCUAUUCAGCAUAGUCUCGAAAGAUCCAUGUCAUCUGAUACUCAACAAGAUCUUCUAUCAAGUAUCGAUUCUCACGCCGAUUCAACCGAUGGAGAUGUUCAAUCAACUAGACCUCCUCUGCAAAGAUUUUUAUCCCAAACAGGAUCUUUACCAACACCUAUGAAAGCAACAACAAUUUCCAAGCCAAAACAAGAAACACCAGCUUCCUCUCAACAAUCCAAGGGUCCCAAUUAUGAUCUUUUUCGAACAGAAGAAAAUCGUCCAUCUACUCAAACUUUACCAAAAACAAAAUCAUCUUCAUCGAGCGCUCCGAAAAGCAAAUCUGAAUUUUAUACCAAUCACUUUCAAGGUUUAGAUGGUUUAAAUCGUGACGAUCCACCACCUCAACCACAACAGCCAUCAUCAACUCCUAUUGGUGACAUUCAAAAACAAACGUUAGCAAAACAUCUCGAUCCAACUGUUCUCAAAGUUCGACAUUGGACCGAAGGCAAAAAAGGAAACAUUCGAGCAUUAUUAUGUUCUUUGUCGAAAGUCACAUGGCCCGAAUGCAAAUGGAGUGGAUGCCAAAUGAACGAACUGUUAACACCUGCACAAGUGAAGAAAGUGUAUCGAAAAGCUGUCCUUCAUAUUCAUCCUGAUAAGCUCUGUGAUGAUCCAAAUCAGCCGUUGGCAAAACUUAUUUUUGUUGAAUUGAAUGAAGCUUGGUCACAAUUCGAGAAAGAAUGCGACUAA